GACCCAUAUAGUGUGUACCACUGAAUGAGUUUUGUUCUGUUUAUCUAACGGGUUGGCUUAUAACGGAUCUGAUCUCACAAUAACAAUAGCGUGUUCCUGAAUCUCACCCUACAUGUUACAUUAGUACAUGGGAUAUUUUUUAGACGUUAUAAUAUUACGUUUAUCACAACAUUAUAAGUGUCAUUAGGCCACUGCUACUUCUCUUCUUACGAUUCUUAGUAAUUUGUUGUGCGAUAGGGACCUACACGUAUUCACUAUUUUCCUUGUUGACGUGUUCCCGGUAAAUAUUCUUCCCUGGUUGUUAUCGUAGUUACACAAAUAAUGGUGAAAGGUAGUCUAGAUUUAGAUACCAAUUAUGAACAAGAGGAACCAUUUGAUCGCUCAAAAGUUCCAUUUUGGACAUCAUCGCGGCUGGGUUUAGCUGUUUUGGGAUUUUUUGGAUUUGUUCAGCUGUACGCCCUGAGAGUAAACAUGUCGGUGGCCAUAGUGUGUAUGGUCAAUCACACUGCCGUGAAGUUGAUGUCCGAGAAAACAAACCAGUCAUCGGAUUCUGUUGAAGCUUCGUGUGCAGCUAGAUUAGCGAACACCACGUCAGAUAUAGCGGACGGAGAUAAUGAUUGGGAUAAAAAUAUCCAGGGCUGGGUACUUGGUGCUUUUUUCUGGGGAUACCUAGUAUCACAGAUACCGGCUGGCUGGCUAGCAACGAAAAUAGGUGGAAAACGGGUACUAGGAUGGAAUAUGUUUGCUGGAGCAGUUCUAACUCUCUUGACACCAGUCGCUGCUAACGUUAGUUAUAUCUUCUUGAUAGUAAUACGAAUUUUGUUGGGUCUUACGUCGGGCGUUGCCUUUCCGGCUAUGCAUGCCAUGUGGGGAAACUGGGCGCCGCCAUUAGAGAGAUCAAAAUUAACUUCAUUUACUUAUGCAGGCACACAGUUAGGAAAUGCUGUUACUUUCCCAUUAGCAGGAUUUUUGUGUAAAUAUGGUUUUGCUGCAGGCUGGCCGUCUAUAUUUUAUGUCAUUGGUACGUUAGGUUUAAUAUGGUUUGUAUUAUGGAUGUUUCUAGUUAGUGAUACACCCGGACAACAUAAAAGAAUAUCAGCUAUAGAAAGAAAAUAUAUAGAAUAUAGUUUAAGAGAAUCAAAACAUCAAGAAAGCAAACCAGCCGUGCCAUGGAAGGCUAUAUUUACAUCAUUACCUGUAUACGCUAUAGUUGUUAGUAAUACCACCUCUGACUGGGGAGCAUAUACUUUAUUAAUAAAUAUACCUACAUAUAUGAAAGAAGUAUUAAAGUUUGAUAUAGCGUCGAAUGGUUUGUAUUCAGCACUGCCAUAUAUAGGUUUCUGGUUUUGUAUUAAUGUAUCUGGUUUCAUGGCUGACUUUGUUAGAAAGCGGAAUAUCCUUAGUACAACAUGGACCAGGAGAUUAUUUGAUGCUGGCGGAAAAGUUGUGCCAGCUCUGUUGCUAAUAGGUUUAGGUUAUAUUGACUGUACACAACCAACUGUCGCCAUUAUUUUAUUAGUUUUAGCAGUAGCCUUAACGGGACCCCAAUACAGUGGUUUUACUGUUAAUCAUGUAGAUUUAGCUCCAGCCUUUGCUGGGAUCUUGUAUGGGUUUUCAAAUUCGGUAGCAUCAGUAUCAGGUUUUUUGUCUCCACUUGUCAGUGGUGCCAUUACUAGUAAGGGACAAUCAAGAGCUGAAUGGCAGAUUGUCUUCUAUGUUGCAGCAGGCAUCUAUAUAUUCGGCGCCAUUUUCUACAUACUGUUUGCUUCCGGUGAACUACAGGAUUGGGCUAAGGUGGAAGACGACAGUAAAAACGAUAUAGAAUUAAAAGAACCGUUAAAGAAGAAUGAAAAUGAUGUUGACCACGCCUGAACACUGAACACGUGUUCUUAUUAAUUCAGGUUAUUUUAGUAGACAGAGUGGGCAAAUUCUUCAAUAGUUAUCUUAGUAUUACCUGACCCAUUUGGAUAGCUUGAAGAUCUCCAACCCCUACCAUCGGUUAUGAACGUAGAGUUUUGAGAGUGUCCUCAUCAGUCAUGUUCAUUAGCCGUGACUAGACCUCUUUCAUUUGGGUAAAACAUAAAACUGUCGAUUUGUAUUGAUCUGUAUUGACAUUGUGCAGUGGGUAUUUUUCUAUAUUUAAAAUUGCAAGUCCGCAGGUAGAGCCAAUGUUUAACAGUCGACCGUUUAAGUAGAAAAGAACGAAACUUAAAUUAGUAAACAGACUGACUGCCGGCUAAUCUAUCGACACUAAAAUUUAAAAGUAUAGGGCUUGUAUCAUUAUUCGAAAGAAAAUCUCAAUCCAAGUGAAGUCAGCAAUUUUACUUUUGCCCUAAACCAAAAUACAGUCAUAAUUGUGACUCAUAUCUCGUGAAAAUGAUUAUCAUCAAAUAGGGUAUAUUAUCGUGAUAUAGACGCGCUAUUUUUGCGCAUGUGUGAUUGUAAUAUCAGUCGUAUAUUCAGGUUGCUUGUCGAUUUUUCGCUUUUUAAAAUCUCAGAGAUAUAAAUUACAUUACCAAACAUGACCAAGUUUUCUCCAAUUGUUCCUCGGGCAAUUUACUGUUGUUAUGAACCUCUAUACCCUUUGUAAUCUCUCCCUGUCAUUAGAAAUGCCCCCAUUUGACACAAACCACGUAUGUUAUUCUGUGUACAUCUGUAUAGAUAGGUACCAAUAUUAUUUUAGAUAUAACUGACUUUAAAUAAAUCCGUGACAAACACGCCCACAAAAAGCAUUGGCUAUUUAAAGCAAUAAUCAUAGAUUUUGUUCACCUUCAAGUUUUAAACCUUUAUCUUGCUGACAAGUAAGAUUUGGAUAGCAACAAAACAUGCUAUAUCUAUUUAGGUUGAAGAUAUGGCCGGCCUGAUUUUCUUAAAGGGGAAGACAUGCCAGUACCGCCACAGGUUGAAAAUAUGACCUGAUUUAUAUUUUUCUACAAUAUUAACGUUUACAUAAAGGGGAAGACUAGAGCAAUUACUGUCAUAUCUCAGAUAGCAACGGCUGUUCCAGGAUUUAUGUAAUGUACUUGUCAUAAUAUGUCUUCUAGUUCAUGGGAAAGUUGAGAGUUUGGGUAUUGAAUUUAAACAGCAAUGAGUCUUCUAUUUUAAGGAUUUGGUAACACGUCUACAAGUUUAUCAACUUAUAUUUGUUUAUGCAGUUUACAUAAAUUAAUGAUACCCCUCAACUGUGCGUCAAAUUUAAUAUAAAGCUGUAUGGUGACCCGUUAUACCCCUUCUGUCCGUUUAAAUGGAUCUCAAUUAUGGUAUAGAUAUUAAUUACAAACAGCGUUCUGUCAAAAUUUAGGCUUUUCGUGACUCAUUUCAAGAGACAUUUAUUUCCGCAUUCAUUUUAAUCCGUUAUGCGAACCUUUUGUAACCGUAUGCUUUGUCUUCAACAGCACUAAUUUGUCAUCCAUUCAUUUAAUAGAACUCUUCAAAAUUAAAUCAAAUAUUUACUUCAGAUUCAAUAUUUAGAUACUAGUCCAGAUGAAUUUUGAAUAUGCUGUCAUUGUUUAUAUUUUCUUUUAUUCCAUGAAUAUAUUAUUUUGAUUAUUGCCAUUAUACUAAGUUUACUUAUUUUUUUAGCUAAGGCGGGAUCCCGUAAAUAUGUGGAGGCUUCAUUUUAUAUGUUUACAUUACAGUGUCGACUAUUUGGGCGACCUUCGGUUAUAAUUUUUUCACGACUAGUGGUCGGAACUAGAAACCAAACGCAAAUGGUCCGGACCAUCGUCUGUUCAAAGAUGGCUGCCCCCAGGGACAUGGUGAUGUCAUUUUACUCUGCUUUAGACCUCGAGCAUAACCCUGAAAAAAAAAACCUGAAAAAAAACUACUUAACCCCAAGGAAGGUCUAUACAUCUCUCCAUGGAGGAUAAUGAAUCACUGUGUUACAUAGUUUAAUAAACAAAUAAUACUUUCAUGAAGUUAAAUUUGCAUAGCUCAAAUAUUGAAAUAAUGUGUAAUUUUUAGACUUACAUAGCUUCAGACAUAACAUACGAGACAAAAAAUAUCUGCUCAUAGAAGUAGCAACCAUUUAAAAUUCAUUCAAGCUUUCUUAAAAUCAUAUACUUAACAAAAAUAGAUUCUUUCUACUGUAGAAAUUCUACAUAUUGUACACAUUUCGUUUCAUCGACACUGCCAUGGUUCAGUAUUUUCGGACUAUGGUCCGGACUAAAUGAAAUUCGGAUUCAGUUAGUUCGACCAUAGUCAAGAAAUCACGAUAACCGAAGGUCGCCAUGGCUGACACAUUGACAGGACUAGAAUCCCUAGACAAAAUAUAAUAACGUCAUUUUAUAAACAAGCCACUACAUAUUUGUUCCUCGGGCAUAAAGAAGGCCCCAGUUUCGACCAUGUUUUUGCCGAGAAAGCUUCGCUGACGGUUGGGAAUCUAAUUAAAAUAGGCCGUAACUCCACUGUUCGGACAAAAUUACUCUCUCGAUUAGAUGGUUUGAAAAUUGUUAAACCUGGUUUCAUUUCACCGGACAAAGCUAUGUAUUCACAACAAAACUGUGUUCAUUUUCAAAUGAAUUUCUCUGGGGCUGUACCUGCUUAUAUAUUGUAUUUGUAAAACUAUUUACAAAUGGUAAUUAUUGUCUGUGGUGAAACUAUCUUAAAUAUAACAAACACAUAAUGUGUACAAACCAAUGAUUGUUUUCCAUAUAAUUUUUUGCUCAAUCGCUCAAUUUGUUUCAAUUUGAUAAAAACGAAUGUCCAUCACGUUGGAAAUGGUGUCGUAUAUUACCGCCGCCCCAUUUGUCCGUCCGUCGUCCACAUUUUUUUGUGAACACUCAACAGACUGCAUUUAUUAUCUCACUUAAUUUAAUGUCAAUAAAUUGCGUUCAUUUCUGCUAGCGGCAACAGAUAAUAUAAAUAAAGCAAACAGCUUUUAAUGGGAAACUGAAAACACCCGUCUGUUAAUAUUUAGUCUUAUUUGUUUUUGUUUAUAAAAAUAAUAACUGUGUAGUCGAUGACAAUUUUGUACCUAAAUAUGUUAUUCAUUCACAAAAGACAUUUUAGUAUAUUUUAUCAUGUUAUAGUAAUUUGUAAUGUUGGUGUGGAGUGCUUGUUUUUAGAGUAUAUUUUAUUGUUUACAGAUAUGAAACAAAUGUAUUUUGAAGCAAUCUAAUAAAAAAAUUUUUUUUCUC